GCUGCGGCCCUCGGGGCGCGGAACCACACUGUCUCCGCAGCCUGCACCCUCGCGGCCCGAACUUUGUGUCUCACUGUUGUCUCCUUCCUGGCUGGGGUUAUCACAUGGCACAUCCAACUGUGAGUGUGGGAAGAUGGCAUAAUCCUCUGACUGUGUCAGAUUCUUAGGAAAUUGUGACUGUUAUAAGAUGGCACAAUCUCUUCCCUGAUGUGUGUCAAGUUCUUAGAAAAUUGUGUGCUAUGCUAAGGAAUCAAAAAGGUGAAAGGGUCUGGACCCUAUCUUUGUCCACCUCGUUUCUGGCCUCCACAUCACAAAGGGCACAGAAGAUACAAAAAUAAUCCAUGGGCAAUAUAGUGCCUGUCUCAGAGUUUCUGUUGGUGCAUAUAUAAAACAUUGAUUAGUUGAUAAUUUUAAAUAUUUAGAGAAUAAGAAGCUACUAGAUGGUGCUGGAGAGUCAGAAUAGCUGAGUGACUGAGUGCACAAUCCCUAAAGUGCAAUUUAUGAGCUGAGUGACCUCAGGAUUCCAUGGAAAGCUUGUGUUUACCCUCAAUAGUUAGAGACGUACAAGGACGGAGAGGGAACAGAGCCAUCUUCCCAGAACCAACUUCUGCCAGAGGAGUCCCAUGAUAAUCCCAGCCAAAAGAACGAAAACAUGAGUAAUGGCUGUGACAUAAGAAAAUCCUAAGAGAGAAAACAGAGAAAAAGUUUUACAAAUCAGGCUGCUGUGGCUACUUGGAAGAUUUCUCUCCACUAGAGAAGUCUCAUGUAAGCAGACUGAACCUAGUCUAGUGUUAAGUCUUUCAGGUGAAUUAAGAAAAGGCAGAGACCAUUGACAUGAGGACCAGUUUAAAUAGAUGAUUACAAAAAUAAGAAAUUAAGAAUGGUUUUCUAUCUCUGUUCUGGUCCGUGUCCGGAGUUGGUUCCUGCCGGUGGGUUCCUGGUCUCGCUGACUUCAAGAAUGAAGCCGCGGACCUUUGCGGUCACACUAGUCAUACUUCAGGUACUUAACAGCCACAGGUGGCAUUGGCUAUGCAAUUGGACAGUGCAGGUAACAAAACACUGAAGGAAAGCAGUGACCAAAAGAACGUGAAAGACAGGGGUUACUGUGACAGAAUAGCCUCAGGACUUGCUGAUGAGUAGAUGUAGAAAGGAAGGAAGAGAGGGAGGAUCAAACCCCAUUCCAACCCCAAUCUUCCAGAAAAGCCUGAGGAUAAAUGAUGGGAGAGCGAAGAAUCCCUUUUAGCUGAAACAGAAGUUAUGAGAACAGAAGCAGUGGUAGAUGAAUGGUCCAUGUAUCUCUGAGCAGCUAUGAAGAAGCUUCCUGGAAAACAAUAAGCAAAGGAAAACAAAUGUGUCCCAUCUCACAUGGUUCUACCCUACUAAAGACAGGAAGAUCAUAAACUGACAGAUACUGAAAUUGUAAGAGUUGGAAACUACAUUUUGCAAAGUCAUUGAACUCUGAGCUCAGUUGCAGUACUCGGGAAGCCAUGCAGGAUGAAGAUGGAUACAUCACCUUAAAUAUUAAAACUCGGAAACCAGCUCUCGUCUCCGUUGGCCCUGCGUCCUCCUCCUGGUGGCGUGUGAUGGCUUUGAUUCUGCUGAUCCUGUGCAUGGGGAUGGUUGUCGGGCUGGUGGCUCUGGGGAUUUGGUCUGUCAUGCAGCACAAUUACCUACAAGAUGAGAAUGAAAAUCACACAGGAGCUCUGCAACAAUUAGCAAAGCGCUUCUGCCAAUAUGUGGUAAAACAAUCAGAACUAAAGGGCACUUUCAGUCAUAAAUGCAGCCCCUGUGACACAAACUGGAGAUAUUAUGGAGAUAGCUGCUAUGGGUUCUUCAGGCACAACUUAACAUGGGAAGAGAGUAAGCAGUACUGCACUGACAUGAAUGCUACUCUCCUGAAGAUUGACAACCGGAACAUUGUGGAAUACAUCAAAGCCAGGACUCGUUUAAUUCGUUGGGUCGGAUUAUCUCGCCAGAAGUCGAAUGAGGUCUGGAAGUGGGAGGAUGGCUCCGUUAUCUCAGAAAAUAUGUUUGAGUUUUUGGAAGAUGGAAAAGGAAAUAUGAAUUGUGCUUAUUUUCAUAAUGGGAAAAUGCACCCUACCUUCUGUGAGAACAAACAUUAUUUAAUGUGUGAGAGGAAGGCUGGCAUGACCAAGGUGGACCAACUACCUUAACGCAAAGAGGUGGACAGGAUAACACAGAUAAGGGCUCUAUUGUACAAUAAAAGAUAUGUAUGAAUGCA